CACUUUCAAAGCUUUUUCACGAAUCUAUUCCAAUACUACAUCCAACAUGCAUCUCAACAUUCCGAAACAAUUCCCAACAAAUUGGACGGAGCUUGGAGCUAAAGCCAAAGGCCUCUUAACGCCUAACCAUGAACAGAAGAAAUUGAACGUUGGUUCUAAAGGUCACGAAGACGAAUGUGAAGCCCAUCAAGUCUUUCGAUCAGUAUUAGGUCAUUCAAAAUUGUCAUCUGGCUCUCAAAAGAAGAAGUCGCAAAAGACCAAAGCAUCCAAUACGACUUCGAAGCCGAUCGAGCCGCAAUCUGAACAAGUCGUUUCGAAUGACAACCCAACAGCUAAGAAAGAGGAACCUGUAUCUGAAGUUGAAAGUCAAGAAAGUGAUGAAGAAGGGCUGCCUGGAAUCUCCUCUCCUGGUUCCACGGGCGUCAUUUUCGUCAUGGAUCGCGCUAUGGCCAACGGAUUCUCGUACGAAGAUCCUGAUUGGGCAAACUUUGGUCAAGGUGCACCCGAAGUUGGUGAUAUCCCUGGUGCGAGUCAUAAGCCAGAGACCUUUGAUAUUGCUAGUAUGGGAAUUGACGUCCACGAAUAUGCGCCGACCACUGGAGUCAAGGCACUCAGAGCUGCAGUGGCUAACUAUUAUAACCAAACUUAUCGGAUGGGCAAAGAAUCGCAAUACACUUUCGAGAACGUUUGUAUCGUCCCUGGAGGUCGAGCUGGCUUGACGAGAGUAGCCAGUGUCGUCGGAGAGGUAUAUGUCGGUUAUCAACUACCAGAAUAUACGGCGUACGAUCAAAUGCUUUCCGUCUUCCGUCGCCUGGUUCCCAUCCCAUCAGCACUCUCAGCAGAGGACAAUUACAAACUUCAUAUAGAUACUCUCAGAGAAAACAUCAACCAAAUGGGCUUGUCUGUGAUCUUUGCAUCUAACCCGCGUAAUCCUACUGGGCAAGCGAUUGAAGGCGAUGAGUUGAAGGAAUUAGUUGAAGUUGGUCGGAAUGGGCAAACAGUUGUUUUGGAUGAAUUCUACAGUUGGUAUAAUCUUGAUGGGACUCUUGGAGAGAGUUUGUCCGGAGCUAAGUAUGUCGAAAACGUCAACAAAGAUGCACUGGUCAUCAUCGAUGGCUUGACCAAGAACUGGCGAUGUCCAGGAUGGCGGGUCUGUUGGGUAGUUGGUCCCAAAUGUUUGAUAUCUGCAUUAUCUCAAAGUGGAAGUUUCUUGGAUGGAGGAGCGAGUCACAUCAUGCAGAUGGCCGCUAUACCGAUGUUGGAUUUGAAGCGUGUUGAACAAGACAAAGUUGCAUUGCAAAAGCAUUUUAGGAUGAAAAAGGAGCGAGUUUUGGCCCGUUUAGAAGAAAUGGGCUUGAAGGUUAAGGUUCCACCAAAAUGGACCUUUUACAUCUGGUUAGAUUUAUCAGACCUUCCUCCACCAUUGAACAGUGGAUUGGUCUUCUUCGAAGAAUUACUCAAACAAAAAGUCAUCGUCGUACCUGGAAUCUUCUUUGAUCUUAAUCCGGCUCAUCGAAGAAAUCUCUUUAGCUCGCCUUGUCAUCAUUUCGUCAGACUUUCUUUCGGCCCUCCUUUGCCUCAACUUGAAAAAGGUCUAGAUGGUAUCGAACGCGUCUUACGCAAAGCCCAUGAGCACCUUACAACUAAAGGACACCUUGGAAAUAUGGGCAAAAACUUGGCCCCACAUAUUGGACCGACAUCCAAAGCGGCCAUUGCGGGAGUGGCAGAUGGAGGAAGACAUGCACACCCUUGAUCAAUAACUGUCUUUGCUGAUCUUUUAGAACUGCAUUGAAUUACGCAGUAUAAAUCAACCAUUUUUUUCUUGGGAAUGUGUAUGGUGAUGGUAGGUCUGUAAUGAGUUUACUUCUUCAGGAUUUAGAAAUAUACAUGGAAAUAGAUUGAUUUCUUAAUCAGCAACCUUUUAUAGCAAUGAACUUUUCUUGUCAGAAUG